UUGCCUGAUGCCAGUACCGCACCAUUCCCCUCGAACGAUGUAUCGUUUGUGCGGGGCCGCCUUAUUAGAAAACGACAUGUCAUUUUCUAGGGCACGUGUAUCUUGAAUGGCCUCUCAUCUCCACCGGCAAAAGAACAGCUGAAAAUUAUAACAAGCCAAUUCAUCCAGAGCUUUCCUUUUCUCUGCUUGCCUCUCAACAAGAACCAGGGUUUUACGAUAGCAUCUGACCUCAGGUUGGCCAGUUGUUUUCCUCUUAAUUCUGUGUUUAAUCCCAUGCUGUCCUUGAGACAAGAAAAUCAAAGAAAAAGCUUAACCGAUUUUUUGUUUCUUAUAAAUUGAAUCAAGGUUGUGUAUUUUAGCUGUUGAUGUUUGUGUUUUGAGCACAAAGAAGAGAUGGACAAGCUGAAAUUAUCUGAAUGGGGUGAACGGUUGAAGACUGGUGGGGCUCAGAUGAGUCGACUUGUAAGUGAUAAGGUGAAAGAAAUACUGCAAACCCCAACACCUGAAUCGAAGAUGGUUGAUGAAGCUACGUUAGAGACAAUGGAGGAGCCCAACUGGGGUUUGAAUCUGAGGAUAUGUUCGAUGAUUAAUAGCCAAGAGUUUAGUGGUACGGAGAUUGUUAAGGCUAUAAAGAGGAAGAUUUCGGGCAAGAAUUCGGUGAGCCAAAGGCUGAGUCUUGAUUUGUUGGAGGCCUGUACUUCGAAUUGUGAGAAGGUGUUCUCCGAGGUGGCGUCUGAGAAGGUGUUGGAUGAGAUGGUUAGGAUGAUCGAGAUUCCGCAAACGGAUCAGGGGAAUCGUGAUCGAGCUUUGCAGUUGAUUAGGGCUUGGGGAGAGUCCGAGGAUCUUGAGUAUCUGCCUGUCUUUCACCAGACCUAUAUGAGCUUGAAAGAAAGAAGUCUGCCUACACCACCAGUUGGAGAUGGAAGUUCAUUCCCCAUGCAAUAUUCGUUGGAGUCGUUUGUUCACCAGGAUCCAUUGUCUCCUCCUGAAAGCUAUCCUAUUCCUGACACGGGAUUGCAUGGUGCAGAUCAUGGUACUCUUCCAUAUAACUCUGGGGGGGUAUCAAUUGAGGAAAAGAAUGAAACACUUGUAACAACUCGGAACAGCCUGGAACUUCUUUCUAGUAUUUUGAAUGCUGAAACUGAGCCAAAACCCGUUAAGCAGGAUGAUCUUACAGUAAGCUUGGUGGACAAGUGCAAGCAGUCACAGCCUGUCAUUCAGAGGAUCAUAGAGAGCACCACUGAUGACGAGGCAAUGCUUUUUGAGGCCCUGAAUCUCCAUGAUGAGCUCCAACAAGUCAUUCUCCGAUACAACGAGUUGGAAGCUGGUAUAAAAUCCAGAGAGCACCUGCCUGAAAGUUCCAGUAACACCGGGGCCAAUAUAUUGCCUGCUCAAGUUGAACCUCAUAAUGAAACCAAGAUAGCAGAUACUCCAGAAGGGCCUGCUCAAGCUGAACCUCGUAAUGAAACCAGGAUAGCAGAUCCUCCAGAAGGGCCUGCUCAAGCUGAACCUCGUAAGGAAACCAGGAUAGCAGAUCCUCCAGAAGGGCCUGCUCAAGCUGAACCUCGUAAUGAAACCAAGACAGCAGAUCCCCCAAAAGGAGAGAGUGCUGAAUUUAGCAGCCAGAAGAAAAUUGACGAGCGAGAAUUCAGUUAAAGCACAGUAUGCAGGGUUUGUGAAAAUGCACGUUGCAGGUGUACUUUCUUUAAUCCUCGAUUCCUUGUAUGCUAAUAAGUUGUCCUUUCCUGCUAUGUAGUGAUACAUCGAUAAUCAGGCUGUUUUUAUUAGUUAAGAGAUUUUACGUAAUUAAGUUGGUUAUACUUAUCUCCCUCGUACUUUACCAGCUGGGAAUGAUUUCUGGGUUUUGCAUUCCUGUGUAUUACAAAAAAUCAUGUCAGAUUAUUGCCAAGAGCUUGUUUUUUUCUCUGCCAUUUUAUUUAAUUCGGUGUUUUUUUUUCA